UUUUAAUCAUGCCCCUCUGUCUGUGUGUGAGUGCAGGCAGGCUGACAAUGAUUUCCUCAGUGAUUACGUACAGAGCGAGUCCCUGCGGGUUAGGGGCCCCCUCUGGAGCCAUCCUGAUGGCUUUGGGGGCCUUGCUUCCAUUUUCCAUUAUUAUGUGGACUACCGGAGCGACAGCGCAGUCCAAGACCUUGCAGCUGUUUGCUUUUAGGAUGUCUCGCCGCAAGCAAGCUAAACCAAGAUCACUCAAAGUAGAAGAAAAUGAAACAGAGGACCAGCAGGCAGGUGUGGGACACACAGGCGCACAGACUGACCCUAACUGUAAACUAGAAGACAAGACAGAAGAUGGAGAAGUGUUAGACUGCAAGAAAAGGACAGAUGAAGGGGAGGAGUUAGAAGAAGAAGUUGUGCACAGCUGUGACAGCUGCCUCCAGGUGUUUGAGUCACUGAGUGAUAUCACAGAACACAAGAUUAAUCAAUGUCAACUGACAGAUGGAGUGGAUGUUGAGGAUGACCCCACUUGCUCAUGGCCAGCAUCAUCGCCUUCUAGCAAGGACCAGACUUCCCCAAGCCAUGGAGAAGGUUGUGAUUUUGGUGAAGAGGAAGGAGGCCCAGGGUUGCCUUAUCCAUGCCAGUUUUGCGACAAAUCGUUCAGCCGCCUCAGCUACUUAAAGCACCACGAGCAGAGUCACAGCGACAAGCUCCCUUUCAAAUGUACGUAUUGCAGUCGUCUCUUCAAACACAAGCGGAGCAGGGACCGCCACAUAAAGCUUCAUACGGGAGACAAGAAGUAUCACUGCAGUGAGUGUGAUGCAGCAUUCUCGAGGAGUGAUCAUCUUAAAAUUCACUUAAAGACUCAUACAUCCAACAAGCCAUAUAAGUGUGCCAUUUGUAGACGUGGUUUCCUGUCAUCUAGUUCGCUGCACGGCCACAUGCAGGUUCACGAGAGGAACAAAGAUGGCUCUCAGUCUGCUUCCCGGAUGGAGGACUGGAAAAUGAAGGACACUCAGAAAUGCAGUCAGUGCGAAGAAGGCUUUGAUUUUCCUGAUGAUCUUCAGAAGCACAUUGCAGAAUGCCACCCUGAGUGUUCCCCUAAUGAAGACCGAUCUGCUCUUCAGUGUGUUUACUGUCAUGAACUCUUUGUAGAGGAAACGUCUCUGGUAAAUCACAUGGAGCAGGCUCAUAGCGGUGAGAAGAAGAAUUCAUGCAGCAUUUGCUCUGAGAACUUUCAUACUGUGGAGGAGCUGUACAGCCACAUGGACAGUCAUCAGCAGCCAGAGUCAUGCAACCACAGCAACAGCCCAUCUUUGGUAACCGUGGGCUACACAUCAGUCUCUAGCACUACUCCAGAUUCAAAUCUGUCAGUGGACAGUUCAACAAUGGUGGAAACGGCUCCUCCUAUACCAAAAGGUCGUGGAAGGAAGCGGGCAGCUCAGCAAGUGCCAGAUAUCACUGGUCCUUCGAGUAAACAGGCAAAAGUUACCUAUAGCUGCAUUUAUUGCAACAAACAGUUAUUUUCCAGCCUUGCAGUUUUGCAGAUACACCUGAAAACUAUGCAUUUAGAUAAACCCGAACAAGCCCAUAUCUGUCAGUAUUGUCUAGAGGUAUUGCCAUCUCUCUACAAUCUGAACGAACAUCUUAAGCAAGUCCACGAAGCUCCGGACCCAGCACUGAUUGUUUCUACUAUGCCUGCCAUGGUGUACCAGUGCAACUUCUGCUCUGAAGUGUUCAAUGACCUCAACACCCUUCAGGAGCAUAUCCGAUGUUCUCAUGGAUUUGCCAACCCUGCUGCUAAGGACAGUAAUGCAUUCUUUUGUCCCCAUUGCUACAUGGGAUUUCUUACAGAUUCUUCUCUGGAAGAGCACAUUAGACAAGUCCAUUGUGAUCUUAGCAGUUCCCGUUUUGGUUCUCCUGUGCUUGGAACCCCAAAAGAUCCAGUGGUGGAAGUGUAUUCUUGUUCUUACUGUACAAAUUCUCCAAUAUUUAAUAGCGUUCUUAAACUGAACAAACAUAUCAAGGAGAAUCAUAAGAACAUUCCCUUGGCACUGAAUUACAUCCACAAUGGAAAAAAAUCCAGAGCCAUGAGUCCGUUGUCUCCUGUAACCAUUGAGCAAACCUCUUUAAAGAUGAUGCAGGCAGUUGGAGGUGCUCCUCCUCGUCCUGCCGGUGAAUAUAUUUGUAAUCAAUGUGGUGCUAAGUAUACGUCCUUGGAUGGUUUUCAGACUCAUUUAAAAACACAUCUUGACACUGUCCUGCCAAAAUUGACCUGCCCUCAGUGCAACAAAGAAUUUCCAAACCAGGAGUCUCUGCUGAAGCAUGUUACCAUUCAUUUCAUGAUCACCUCAACCUACUACAUCUGUGAAAGCUGUGACAAGCAGUUUACUUCUGUGGACGACUUGCAGAAACACCUACUAGACAUGCAUACAUUUGUGUUCUUCCGCUGCACCUUGUGCCAAGAGGUUUUUGACUCCAAAGUCUCCAUUCAGCUACACUUGGCUGUGAAGCACAGCAAUGAAAAGAAGGUAUACAGAUGUACAUCUUGCAACUGGGAUUUCCGCAAUGAGACUGACCUACAGCUUCAUGUUAAACACAACCACCUGGAGAACCAAGGCAAAGUACACAAGUGUAUCUUCUGUGGCGAGUCCUUUGGUACGGAAGUGGAGCUGCAGUGUCACAUUACUACGCACAGCAAGAAGUACAAUUGCAAAUUCUGCAGCAAGGCUUUCCAUGCUAUUAUUUUGCUGGAAAAGCACUUAAGGGAAAAACAUUGUGUCUUUGAAACAAAAACUCCAAACUGUGGAACGAAUGGGGCAUCCGAGCAGGUUCAGAAAGAGGAAGUGGAACUCCAGACCUUGUUGACAAAUAGCCAGGAGUCCCAUAACAGCCACGAUGGUAGCGAAGAAGAUGUGGACACAUCUGAGCCUAUGUAUGGCUGUGACAUCUGUGGAGCAGCUUAUACCAUGGAGACUCUCCUGCAAAAUCACCAGCUUCGAGACCACAACAUUAGACCUGGAGAAAGUGCCAUAGUGAAGAAAAAGGCUGAACUCAUUAAAGGGAAUUACAAGUGUAACGUGUGUUCUCGAACAUUCUUCUCUGAAAACGGACUCCGAGAACACAUGCAGACACACUUGGGACCAGUGAAACAUUAUAUGUGCCCAAUCUGUGGCGAGCGGUUUCCCUCUCUUCUGACUCUUACUGAACAUAAAGUGACACAUAGUAAGAGCUUGGACACUGGAAACUGCAGGAUCUGCAAGAUGCCCCUCCAGAGCGAGGAGGAAUUUUUAGAGCAUUGCCAAAUGCACCCUGAUUUGAGGAACUCCUUGACAGGGUUCCGCUGUGUGGUGUGCAUGCAGACAGUGACCUCCACGCUGGAACUGAAAAUCCACGGCACAUUCCACAUGCAGAAAACUGGAAAUGGUUCUGCCGUGCAGUCCACGGGGCGUGCACAGCAUCUGCAGAAACUCUACAAGUGUGCUUCUUGCCUGAAGGAGUUCCGCUCAAAACAGGAUUUAGUGAAACUUGACAUCAACGGUCUGCCGUAUGGUCUGUGUGCUAGCUGUGUUAAUCUCAGUAAAAGUGGUAGUCCAAACGUCAACAUCCCUUCAAGCAGUAACAGACCAGGCAUGGGCCAAAAUGAGAACUUGAGUUCCAUUGAGAACAAAAGCAAGGCAGGGGGGCUGAAGACUCGAUGUUCUAGUUGCAAUGUUAAAUUUGAAUCAGAAAGUGAACUCCAAAACCAUAUUCAGUCAAUCCACAGAGAGCUUGUUCCAGACAGCAACAGUACACAGCUGAAAACACCACAAGUAUCUCCAAUGCCCAGAAUCAGCCCCUCCCAAACUGAAGAGAGCUGUAUGCCAGGAUGGGCAUAUCACAGCAGGGGACAUGAGGUACAUCACACCAUCAUUCUGGAAGGAACCAUGAAAGUGCAGGCUGAUAAUGAGCUUGUGGAGAUGAGGACACAAAAUUCAGAUACUGCAGAGAGCUGGUGGCUUCUUGAAACUCAACUUACUCAACCUCAGAUGUGUCGAGAAAUGGUAUCACCUCGGGAGGAAGAAUCGAGCUCAGAGGCUUCUGGUAGGGCGUUUGGAGAGGCAUCUUCUUCAAGCCUGUGGAAAACUUCACAAGAGAGGAAGAAUGGAUAACGUUCUCCAAAGUAUUCAAGAACGCCAAACCAAGGUUUCCAUGAAACAGUGCAGUGGAGUGGGAAAGCCUACUUGAAGAAAGGCGGAAGAACUGCAGAGGAUCUCAGCAAUGUGCAUGAAGACCUUAUUAAGCAUCUCUAGAGAGGGCAGAUGUAGCUUUAUAAGAUAAAAUGUCCUGAGAUGUAUACUGCAAAAGGUCAGCUGUGCAGCCUACUAUCUUUAGGGGGCUUUCCCUGUACAAGAAUCUGCUGGUCAACUGACCAGGGUGACAUGGCACAGUGACAUGGUGACAUGGAGGUCAAAAAGCUGAAGAGCAGCUCUGCAGAGAGAGACAUGAGAGUCCUGAUUGAUGAUAAACUGAACAUGAGCCAGCAAUGUGCCCUCGUGGCCAAGAAGGCCAAUGGCAUCCUGGGAUGCAUCAAGAAGGGUGUGGCCAGCAGGUCAAGGGAGGUUCUUCUUCCCCUCUACUCUGCCCUUGUGAGACCUCAUCUGGAGUCCUGUGACCAGGUCUGGGCUUCUCAGCUCAAGAGAGACAGAACUUCUAGAGAGAGAGUCCAGCACAGGGCAACCAAGAUGAUCAGGGGAGUGGAACAUGUUUCAUACUAGGAAAGGCUGUGGGAACUGGGGCUAUUUAGUCUAGAAAAGAGGAUACUGAGGGGGGAUGUUAUUAAUAUUUAUAAAUAUCUAAAGAGUGGGUGUCAGGAGGUCAGGACAUCCCUUUUUUCUGUUGUAUCUAGGAACAGGACAAGGGGUAAUGGGAUGAAGCUGGAACACAAAAAGUUCCACUUAAAUCUAAGAAAAAACUAUUUCACUGUUCAGGUGAUGGAGCAGUGGCACAGGCUGCCCAGAGGGGUUGUGGAGGCUCCUUCCUUGGAGGUCUUCAAGAUCCACCUGGACAUGUUCCUAUGUGACCUGAUCUAGGUUGACUUGCGUCUGCAGGGGGGUUUGGACUAGAUGAUCUCUAAAGGUGCCUUCCAACCCUACCAUUCUAUGUUUCUAUGAAUUUUCCUUCUGCACAGCCCCAGUGGAAAACCAAAAUAGUUAUGAAUGUUUGCAUUCCGACCUCAGAAUUCGGUAGAAACAACAAGAAAGUUCUCAUUUUUCUAGUGUGAUUAUCUUUAGGAACAAGGUAUGGGAAUUCAUGGCGUCUCUCUUUUUGUCUACUGGUUUGCAUACUUUUGGAGAGCUCUGUCUCUCUUUCCUUUCUUACUCUUGGCCAGUUUCAAGAAAAAAAUUUGUGGAUUAAUAUGAAUCUCAAAGCGUUUAAAGUUUUUACAAUGUUUAGGAAGAGACGUGACCCAGCAGAUGAUAAAAUCUAGACAGGAAAGAAGCAUUUUAGAGAUCCAAGCCAGGAAUAUAGCUUUAACUGAAGCUCAUACCUGUUUUUUUAAUGCAAAAGUCAGUCAGUCACAAGAAAUGAAGCUGUAAGAAACCAUGAUCUUUUC